AUGUUCCAGUCUAAACAGCAAUGUAACACAAAACCACGACAUGUAAAAAUAACUCAAUAUUGUUUAUGACAUAUGUUCGAAUGUUUUUGUUUUGAAAAUUGACACAAAUGGCGAUGAAUGAAAAUUCAUUUGUUAUUUUUCUAAAGAAGUGCCAGUUGUACUACGAAAGUGUUGAAAUUUGUGUAUAAAUAAAAGAAUUGAAAAUAAAAUGACAGAAGCACAGCCUCCUUUGAUUCUCUGCAUGGAGAACGCAGCAGGAGAAGAUGUGGCUCUUAAAAUAGAGCCAGAUGAUAACUUUCAGACUUUUCUGGAUAAAGCUAAGUCUUUACUAGGUUUCGAUGUAGACCUCAACUCGAUCACCAGAAACCAGCCUGUCUCCCUAGCAGACAAUGUCUACCAAUUCCUUAUAACAGCUGAACAGAACUUGCAACAAGACGAAUUGGCUCAAAACUUUGAUCAAAUGUUGGAUCCAAACGAUGGGGCCAACGAUUUGGUCUACAUACUAGACGAUGGCACUCAGAUACGAGCUUCGCAGAUACAUUUUGAUAAUGACGAUCCGUUAAUAGAUCUCACAGCUGAAAAGAUUCCCUUUGUGAAGUACGCUGAUGACGUCACAGAUGAUUUAGACGUGGAAAAUGUUAAUAUACAGGAAACUAAGAAGAUUAAUAUCGUUGAGAGUCCAGUCUCUCGCUGGUCCAGUAAGAAUUCCAGUCCGAAAUGCAGUUUCGUGAACUCUCUGCCUUUCAAACUUGUAUGCAAUAAUACGUCGGGUUUCGAAGCUCAAUUCACGAAGUAUCUAGAAGCUAACACAGCCAAAACGUACGCGACUUUGAACCCUGUGACAGCUAGGAAUAAGUCUCCAAAAAGCUUGAUAAAAGACAACUUUAAAAACUACGAUGAGAGUUAUCAACGUAGCGACAAUCUAUCUUAUACUCGGGAGGACAUUCUGAACAUGUUCAAAGACUCCCCGAUGACGUCACUGCCUUAUGACCAAGGGUAUGGUGAAAGACGACAUGUUCGGAAGACCGACCCGUCCAGACUCGUUCAUAAGAACUGGAACAAGCCGAUUUCUUAUGUCGAUAUUGACGGGACUUUGAUUGGAGAAAGUGAGAGCCAGAUUUGUUUUAUUUGUGGGAAACAUGUUGAUAACAGUGUCGAUAAGUUGUAUCUUUUCGAUAAUGAGGACCAAAGACUACACAGAUGUUCGCCGCAGAAGAAAAUGUCGACGCAAUUAAAAAUUAUAUGUGAAUGCUGCCUUAAUGAGAACUUUAAGCCGUGCAGAAUGAAAAGCGCCAACCAGUUUCUGAAUCCGGACGAAUUUCUAGUCAUAAGAAACAACCAGCAAUACAUAUUUCAGAAAAUCAAAAAUUUCAGUUUCACACAUUUGGGGAAAGCGAAGGAAAUCAUAAACAAGAUAGAAUCUAAAGUCACAGACAAGGAAGAGUUCGUUAAAGUGGAAAUUGGGUCAGAUGGAGAAAUUAUUACCAAGCCCAUAGACAAUGAUCCGCGUUCUGAUGACGUGAUCAUAGUGAAGGACGAGAAAAAGGACGGCAGUUCCAGUGAUGUAGAGAUUAUAGAACCGGAACCGGAAAUAGAUAAUAUCAUAGACAAUUUGGAGGAGGCUGAUGAGGAGGUGAAGGAGUUUUUGGGGAAGUACCAGUGUGAUAGCAGUGAGGUUACUGAACUUAAAUGCAGAUUCUGUGAGAAGAUAUUCGCUGAACUAACGGAAGUUACCGAGCAUUCCGAGACACAUAAACAUGAGUUGGAAGAUGGUGAAGUGUAUCCAUGUCCAUUGUGUAACUAUGGAUAUGCAAAUCUAAAAUGGCUGAAAGGUCACUUGAAAGCUGCCCACGAGAAAUCUGAAACUAGCAAUAAAGAAGAUGAUCAAAUUAAAGAGGAAGACAAAGGCGACUCACAGACUUCGCCAAAAGUGUCGUCGCCGAUAGCUAAGCGCACGCGCAGCUCUAGUAAGAAAGAUGGCGAUAGAAAAGAUGAGAAGCCAUCAGAUGAAAUUAAAUCAGAUUUGAACCCUGAAGAGGCGGAACCGCCAGUUAUAAAAACGGAGGUGAAACAAGAGUGCGUGGACAGCAGCGAGGAUGAGAUCUGGAUCGUGCAGACUGCUGAUGCUGAGGCCACGCAGGAGCUGCAGAAGCUCAUCGAUGCUGCCAAGGUGACCGGUGAAGGGCAGGAAGAAUCGACUAAGACACAUAAAUGCUUUAAUUGCAGUCAAAUAUUCCCGAGCGCGGAAGGUCUGUCGAACCACCGAUGCCGUCGACGCGGACGGAAGCGGAAGUCAAAAGACCUCGUCAACCUUAUAUGUAUACCCACAGAAGAAGAUUUUCUUAAGAGAGCACAGGGUCGUCCAAGACAAAUUGAUACAUCGACCGACAAUGAUCUUCUAGUUUUGCGUCCAAGAAAAAGACGUAGCCGUGAACCGACCUCCAACCCUCAAGUGGUGACCUGUCACAAUUGUAACGAAUCCUUCACGUCUAAAGUUAGACUCAAGUUUCAUAUGCAGUUUCACGACACGACAUCCUUGCUAGCGGCGGACGGCAGAUACACCUGUUCGGAGUGCGACGGCGCCAUCUUCUCGACGGAGACGGAGCUGUUCGACCACGUCCACUUCCAGCACGACAAGCAGAAGCAGUGGCAGUGCCCCGUCGAUGGCUGCGGGAAGACCUUCUUCCUGAGGGCAACACUGACGAAACACAGUCGUACACACACAGACACGCGUCGCUACGUGUGUGUGACUUGCGGAAAGCGGUUUCUUGACAAGCAGACGCUGGACGAACAUGGAGUUACUCAUUUACAGAUCAAGCCGUUCCAGUGCCACAUCUGCCUGAAGCAGCUGACGCGGCGCUCGCGGCUGCGCAUGCACGUGCGCGCGCACGAGGAGGAGCUGUCCCCCAGCCUCGUGCGCGUCUGCGCCGUCUGCGCGCGCGCCUUCCGGGACCAUCCGCAUGCACAGGUGCCCACUAGCUACACUCACAUGCACGAGGAGGAGCUGUCCCCCAGCCUCGUGCGCGUCUGCGCCGUCUGCGCGCGCGCCUUCCGGGACCAUCCGCAUGCACAGGUGCCCACUAGCUACACUCACAUGCACGAGGAGGAGCUGUCCCCCAGCCUCGUGCGCGUCUGCGCCGUCUGCGCGCGCGCCUUCCGGGACCAUCCGCAUGCACAGGUGCCCACUAGCUACACUCACAUGCACGAGGAGGAGCUGUCCCCCAGCCUCGUGCGCGUCUGCGCCGUCUGCGCGCGCGCCUUCCGGGACCAUCCGCAUGCACAGGUGCCCACUAGCUACACUCACAUGCACGAGGAGGAGCUGUCCCCCAGCCUCGUGCGCGUCUGCGCCGUCUGCGCGCGCGCCUUCCGGGACCAUCCGCAUGCACAGGUGCCCACUAGCUACACUCACAUGCACGAGGAGGAGCUGUCCCCCAGCCUCGUGCGCGUCUGCGCCGUCUGCGCGCGCGCCUUCCGGGACCAUCCGCAUGCACAGGUGCCCACUAGCUACACUCACAUGCACGAGGAGGAGCUGUCCCCCAGCCUCGUGCGCGUCUGCGCCGUCUGCGCGCGCGCCUUCCGGGACCAUCCGCAUGCACAGGUGCCCACUAGCUACACUCACAUGCACGAGGAGGAGCUGUCCCCCAGCCUCGUGCGCGUCUGCGCCGUCUGCGCGCGCGCCUUCCGGGACCAUCCGCAUGCACAGGUGCCCACUAGCUACACUCACAUGCACGAGGAGGAGCUGUCCCCCAGCCUCGUGCGCGUCUGCGCCGUCUGCGCGCGCGCCUUCCGGGACCAUCCGCAUGCACAGGUGCCCACUAGCUACACUCACAUGCACGAGGAGGAGCUGUCCCCCAGCCUCGUGCGCGUCUGCGCCGUCUGCGCGCGCGCCUUCCGGGACCAUCCGCAUGCACAGGUGCCCACUAGCUACACUCACAUGCACGAGGAGGAGCUGUCCCCCAGCCUCGUGCGCGUCUGCGCCGUCUGCGCGCGCGCCUUCCGGGACCAUCCGCAUGCACAGGUGCCCACUAGCUACACUCACAUGCACGAGGAGGAGCUGUCCCCCAGCCUCGUGCGCGUCUGCGCCGUCUGCGCGCGCGCCUUCCGGGACCAUCCGCAUGCACAGGUGCCCACUAGCUACACUCACAUGCACGAGGAGGAGCUGUCCCCCAGCCUCGUGCGCGUCUGCGCCGUCUGCGCGCGCGCCUUCCGGGACCAUCCGCAUGCACAGGAGCAUGCAUCGAAGUCCACCGAAUGUAUCGAGGCGUUUGCAAACGAACUGAAAGAGGAAGCGGAAGAGGUGACUGUCCAGCUGUCGCCCACUAGUGGACUCGUCAGACAUACUGUGCAGAUUGUUGAAUCCCCAAAACUGUCGAUGCCGAUCAAGCGCCAGGUGUCUCCAGAGGUGGGUGAGCCGCUGUUGUCACAGCUGGCGGACGAGGCGAGAGCUCUCAUUAGAGUGGUCGAAAUAGAGAAGGCAUUCAGAUGCGAGUAUUGUGAAGACGUUUUCUACUUGGAGAGCGGCCUGAACGCGCACCGCGCGAUACACAAGGGCGUAAAGAACCCCUUCACCUGCCAUAUAUGCAAAGUCAGCUUCGCGACUUACUCCAGAUGUACGACCCACAAGACGACCCACGGCUUCUACAAGCGCUCGCUGGCCGACACCAAGAAGCAGGCGGGCGCGCCCACGCGCAUCCUCGGCUACGGGGACUUCCCCGUCGUCAAGCACUUCCUGUGCGAGGACUGCGGCCGUUCCUAUUUACACUGGACGUACCUACAAGUGCACAGACGUAUGAAGCACGCGAACGAAAACUUUUUAUACAAGUGUAACCAGUGCGACUUGACCUUCCCGAAUAGUUGGAGUCUAGCCUACCACCGUAAGAAGAUCCACGGCAAGACAGGACCUGAUGACCCUGGCUCCACCAGCAAGAUCAUGAGGGAUGAUUACAGGAUACCAUGCCGCGAUUGCGACGAAGUUCUGCCAAACAAAACUGCACUCUAUAAGCACAGGAAGAAGGAGCACAGUGACGGAGCAGCGCGCGUUAAGAAACAGGGCGAGGACAGCGGGACGGGUGGCGCGUGUUCACGCUGUCACGCUACCUUCACGCACGCGUCGGACUUGCAUAAACAUGUCAAAGAAGUUCACAAACAAGAAACAGAGGCAUCGUGCACUUCGUGCCUAACUUUAGACUACCGUGUGCCGCCGUCCCAGCCGCUGGGCAACCCGGCCCAGGCUGGGCAGGCCCGCCGCCCACACUUGUGCCCAGUGUGUGGGCAUGCCUUCAGGACGUUAUCUAUGAGGAACGAACAUCUGCGGGUCCACACUGGAGAGAGGCCGUUUCCUUGUGAUGUCUGUGGUGUUGCGUUUAGAAGGUCUACGGCCAUGCGUAAUCACCGCCUGAUCCACACGGGGGUCCGUGCGUGGGCAUGCGGCCGCUGCCCGAAGCGGUUCCGGAUCCGGUCGGAUCUGCGCACGCAUCUCAGGCUUAAACAUCCUGCCACCAUACUUGUCAUAGAAAUGGAGGGCAUGAACCCGACUUCAGAUGAGGUGAUGAAGACCCUCGAGUUACACAACGUGCCGCACGACAAGCUCAUUGAGGUCACCAAGAUGUCUUUCGCAAAGGGUACAGCGAGUGUGAUCCCGUGCAGCGCCCGCGCGCUGGCGGCGCUGGGCAGCGUGGCGCGGGACAGCGUGGCCUGCGGGAAGCCCGCCCCGCCCCGGAUGUUGGAAGACUUCCAACCAGCUCGGCGCGGCCGCGGCAUCGCCAAGAACCCGCGCCGGGCCAAGAUACUGCAUGCGCCGCAUACGCCGCAUACGCAGCAUACCCCGCAUACACCGCAUACGCAACAUACGCAGCAUGGUGCCAUGCCGCAUGCAUCGCACUCGGCAGGAUAUCCUAUCGCCGAGUUAUCGGACUUAAAUGUGCAACUUCUACUUCGCGAUGGAGUCCUAGUCAACGGCAACCAGAUGGUGCAACUACAACUGGACGACCCCAUGUUGUUGCAGUGAGGGAGACAUGACCAGUGACGUCAUACGUCUGGUUUGAUACACACGGUGACCAGUGACGUCAAAAGUCCGGUUUCACACUAAGGCGACUUUUUGUAAUAAACAGAUGAUAAAUAGCACUAUGGGCUCAUAUAUGAAUUAAAUUUGAGUGAAAAGCAGUUUAAAUAAUUAAGGGCCGAUUUUCCAAUAGCUAGACAUCUUUUUUUCGAGCCUGUUUUGUAGUUGUUAAUUGCGUUGUCACCGGGUUUGAAGCUACCCUGAAAAUUUCAGCCUGCUAGCUUAUAGGAAGUGCUUCAAAAUUGAUUUGCAUAAAUCCAACCGGAACGACAAACAAACAAGAAAGUGAGUGUAUAAAAACGUGGUAAAAUGAGUUUAGUUGGCAUUUGUAACGAACUGUAUCAUCGGCAUUUAUGUAUUAUAUAGAUUUAUGUGUUAUUAACAUUUAUUUCUACAUUUUAACUGCACACUAUUAACUUUGUCCAACAUGCUUUAUAAAAUACAAGCCUAAACUCCCACUGCUGGGCUCAAGCUACUUCUCACACAGUAAAUGUUAGAGUAUUACAAUUAACACCGUAAGGAUCACCAUGUUAUCUUACUGCGUUCGAUUUCAGUUUCCAAUAUUUGGAAACCAGGCACUUUCAUGAUAUUUUCUUUGAUCAUUUGUUAAUUUGUUAAAAAAAUACAUAAAACUUUGAAAAAGUCACAUUGGUACUUAGCCUGCGCUGGGAUCGAACUUGCACCACUUGCAUACAAGUCCAUAGUUAGAACCGCUAGGCCACCACGACACUGCAUUUUAAAGUAAAGUUAAAUUGAAUGAUGGAUUGAUUGUUUACUCUAAUGCAAUUAUUUUGUAAGUGCAAUUAAUUUAGUUAUAAUUUUAUUAUUGUAUUUACUAAUAAAGGUUUCAUUGUUUACUA